CCUGCUUUCAUUCAAGGGACAUUCUGUCAGACAGGCAACAACAUAAUAUCCUAUAACUAUUUAACUUUUAAUACAUCUUGGAACGACACAGCUAACGGAUUACGGAGAUUAUCUGUGUGAAGUCAUUGCUCCAAAGACACAGCAACCAGCCAGAAGACUGAAGAAAACAAUGACCAUUGAUUUUGUAAGCUUAAUUUACAUAUGGCUGCUGCCACUGACAGCAAGCAGCGCAGUGACAUCUGGCCAGAAUAAUGACUUCACUAUUGUGAUGAUUGGACCGCAGGUAGCAAGAAAUAAAUUCACUCACGACCAGCUGACGACACAGGAGGCAUCCAGCUUAAAUCCACUCUUAGAUGUCUCAGGUCGUAAAAUCGACCUGUCUAUCACAGUUGAUGUAAAUCUAACAGAGGAAAAAGCUACAAAACUCAGCACUAAACCUUUACUGCAAACAGUUCAACAAUUCAAAACACCUUCAAAGACAGUUUUACCAGGUAUUUCAACAGCAGCAACUCCAACAAAUGAAGGAAGCAUGAAGUCCACGACAGAAAUACAAUUUAAAGUCACAACAUCAGCAACGACGGUUGUAACCAGUCACAGCAGCAUCUCAACCACAACUACAAGGGUACCGUCAAUACUAAGCAGUUCGACCCAAAACCAGUUAACCAGUGAUAAAACUUCACAUCCACCUAAACGUCCAACACAGUCUGCAAACCUCAUCUCUACUACAACCACAUCUACCAAGCCUGUUGAAAACAAAUCUACAAAUACAAGCCCAGUCACAGUUGGGGAUGCUACGCAGUCCGUACGUUUAUACAAAAUGACAAUUGCCACAACAAAGACACCAUUCAGCCACAUCACAAAGGCAAAGGAAAGACAAGAUGCUCCAGAAAAAAAUGCAAAGUCCAAUAAGGAAAAACACCACAGUAAAGCAGUGGCAGGGCUAAUAGGUGGAGCCCUGAUAUUAAUGAUGGUAGGAUUCCUGAUCAUCUAUAUAAAGAAACAGAUGCUUCAAAGGCAGCAAAUAACAACUAGAGACUGGGCCGGUCCUUCACCAUUUCUUGAGGGUGGCGCUGACAAUGGCCAGGUAACACUGAGGUCAUCUAAUCAGAUUUCUCUUUCCAGCUUCCUGCCUCAUAGACUGUCCAAAAGGUUGUCCUUGCUCCCAGAAACAAAUGAGAAGUUAGAAGAUAUGACACAAGGUACUACAUUUGGCGAUAAACAUCAAGGGAGUACAUUUGGUCAAGAGGUAGAUGGAAAUGAUGUACAAGAAAGCUAUGGGACUGCUGUAGUUGUUUCAGAAAUAAAAAGCACAGAAGAUGUUCCAGAGACUGUUGAAAACUCUGUCUUAGCGACCUCUUCACAAACAGAAGAGGACCCGCUAUACACAUACAACAAUUUGGAGGUUGCAAACCACAGUCAAGACCAUUCUGCAAAUCCCCCCCCUUUAUCUGGAGCUGUGGAAAAUUCUCUGGCACAACUGAAUGAGGGCUUUGGGCAACCAUAAGUCAACUUAAGCCCCAAACCCUCCCCCAACGCAUUCACUUUCCUGGUUUCUAGGCAGCAACAACUGUGACUGACAGGAAACUACAGGGAUUCUCACACCCUGCUGUAUUUUCUUUAUCACCAUGUGGAAAUGUCACCCAAACCUGAAGAGUGUGAAUCUAAAAUGCUUCAUUUUCCAACAUCUCUGCCCUGCCCAACCUCUGCAAAGUGCUCCUAGAGAAAAUAUAACAAUAAGGCGCAUGCAGGCACCUUUGUAUUCAUCUUGCAGGUGAUGGAAAGGUUAUGCGGUGGUGAGAACAAACCGUAACUAAGUAACAGGAAUCAGGAAUUGUCCUGAUUAGCUAUGACUGAUAGCUGUAAAUACCACAGGCUAAAUGCAAACACUUGCAUUGUCUACAUCUGCUUAGAAAAACGGGCCGACUCAUGUUUCAUCUGAAAUAGAAGUUAGGGUCAGUCUACUUGAGUGCAAAUAUUUGUUGUCUCAUUAAAUUACUAUCUGCAGAGUAAUGUAGCAUGUACAGUUGAAAAGAAAGAAGGGUCAGUACCCUCGGCACUGGGGUUACACGCUUUUGUAUUUUAUAUAGCAGGUUUCAAAACUAGGGUUGGGCAUCGAGAACCGAUUCCUAAUCGGAAUCGUUUC